AUGAUUUGCAUGAGUUGCGCUGCUGCAGGAGGCUGGAGCUCAGUUGUCUGGGAAGGCGAAGCGAGCGGAGAGAGCGAGAGAGCCGGAGAGCGCUGUCUGACUGCAAGACACCCCAGCCCUAGGGUUUCCCCCCUCCCUGCCCCGCCCGAUCUCACGCUCCCCUCCUCCAGCCACCCACCCUCCUACCCAAAAUGGAGCUGCCGACGGUGGGCGAGCAUGUCUUUGCGGUGGAAAGCAUAGAAAAGAAGCGUAUCCGGAAGGGCCGAGUGGAGUAUCUGGUCAAAUGGAGAGGGUGGUCCUCAAAGUAUAACACGUGGGAGCCGGAGGAAAACAUCCUGGAUCCCAGACUCUUAAUCGCCUUUCAGAACAGGGAGAGGCAGGAGCAACUUAUGGGGUACCGCAAACGAGGACCCAAACCAAAGCCAUUGGUGGUUCAGCUGCCAUCCUUUGCACGCCGUUCCAAUGUCCUCACUGGCCUCCAAGACCCUGCCGUGGAGAACAGGCCCAAGCUGGACCUGGGCAGCUCUGGCAAAAGCCAGCAGCAUCAGUACGAACUCAACAGUAAGAAGCACCACCAGUACCAGCCCAAUGGCAAGGAGAGCAACAUCAAGUCUCACGGCAAAGGGAAGUACUACUACCAGCUGAACAGCAAGAAGCACCACCACUACCAGCCUGACCCCAAGAUGUACGAGCCCCAUUACCAGCCCGGCAGCAAGGAGCCUCAGCAAGGGCAGGCCUGCUUGGACCACAGCAAGAGCCCCUUGAUGUCCCACAUGGACAAAUGGUCUCAUGGCUCCGCAAAAAGCCUGCUGAACCCUGUGAAGAACCUGGGGGGUGCCGAAGGGAAGAGCAGCGCAGAGAAGAACCUUUCCAGCGGCACGGGGCCGCCUCCACCGCCCCCUCCCCGGGACGGCGUGACCGGCAACGGGAUUGGCGGCAAGAUGAAGAUCGUCAAGAACAAGAACAAGAACGGCCGCAUUGUGAUUGUCAUGAGCAAGUACAUGGAGAACGGCAUGCAGGCCGUGAAGAUCAAAUCCGGAGAGGCACCCAAGAAGCGGGUGGCUGAGGACAGGACUGCUAAGAGGGGGGCCUCCGAGGAGAGGCAGGAGUCGUGGAAAAAGCCCGGGGCGGAGAGAUGGCCAGGCGGCGACCUCCAAGGGAAAUCUGGGGCAGAGGCAAGUAAAGCGCCUGCCGAUCAUGGGACCAACUGCCAAAAGACUACAGCCCCUAGCAAAGAGCCCUCCAUUUCUGAGCAGCAACCUCUGCAGCUCACCACCAAGCCCAACCUCGCCCCGUGGUCCCUGGACUCCAGGCCGCAGGAACAGAACUCUGCUGCUGCUGCGGCGUCAUGCGUUGGGCUGAACCUCUCGCCCAGCUGCGUUGGGCCGCGCAAGCGCUGCCUCUCUGAACCCCACAGGGACAAGGAGGGCGGCAAGAAGCGGCUCACUUCCCGGAGCAUCAGCACCCCUACCUGCCUCAGCCCCCCUACCCCGGAGAGACCCGAGACCCGAGCGCUUCCUGCCUCCCAACCCGAGGUUAUCCUGCUGGACUCUGACUUGGACGAGCCCAUAGACUUGCGGUGCGUCAAGGUGCGGGGGGACAGUGAGCCUGGCCUGGUGCACAUUAAGCCAGAGACUUUGCCGGCACCGGCCGACCCGCCGGUGCCAGAACCUCCAAAGCCGGUGGAACACUUUGAGGUGGAGGAAGAAGAGGAGGAGGAGCCCCCAGUGCCGGAGUUCAAGCCUUUCUUUGGGAAUAUAAUCAUAACGGAUGUGACGGCGAACUGCCUGACUGUGACCUUUAAGGAAUAUGUGACAGUGUGAGGAGGCGCAGGCUUCGGCCCUCUCCCUGGGCAGCCUAACACAUGACACCCCACCCCCACCCCCCUCCUCCUCUAAGGUAUUGUUCUGCCCAGAGAGUAACUCUAUGGUGCCACCCGCGAAGAUCAGACGUGGCCCACGACCCCCGCCACGCCCCAGAAGAAGGGAGGGUGGGGUGCGGCGAUUCUCCUUCGCUAGAGGGUGGUCUUCCAUCUUGGUUGGUUCCUUGGGGGGAGGGGGGGUAGAUCUUCACCCUCCAUGGGUCUCGUGCACCCGGAAGUACGUCAGGGUGGCAGCUUCCCAGUUAACUUGACGGGAGAGUUACAUAGUAUUAUAUUUUAACAGUGCUAACUUGUCGAGUCGUUCUUGCUCCCGUUUGUAUGUGGUGUUGCUGAAAAUGUAUUGUUUGAGCUGAAGGCAGCCCGCCUCCCCUCCAAGGUGGGCCACGCAAUUAUAUUUAUUUGUAGGUAUUUAUAUAAUGAAAUAUUAAGAAAAGACUAGAUUUAUGGAGUUUCCCUAGAUUUGCCCUAUAUAUAUAUAUAAUUAUAUUAAAUACAUAUAUUAUAUAUAUAUUAAAAGCUAUAUCAGAAUAUUUUCAUUUUUGUCCCUUUUUAAAAGCCACUUCUGGUUUUUGUUUUACCCCCCCCCCCCCUUACUUUUCCUUUUCAUAAAACUGCAGGACCAUCCCUUUUCCUCUGGUAUAUAUUUUUUGAUACUGUGUCCAACGCAUUCUUGUUUUCAGUGUGCAAAAAAAAAAGUUAAUAAUAAUAAUCAUUAUCUAAAUCUAAACAAGCUAUUAUAGAAACUGCUGCUACUAGAAAUGUCUAAACUAUAA